GUAUUUAAUUCGAUUCGCAGCAGCUGAUCGGGAUGUAAACAAUUGGAUUGCUAUUUUUGUUUUGUUUGAUUUUACAAAAAUGGAAACUUGCGGGCAUAUCUAUGUGAGCAGAGACUACAAAACGUUUCUGAUGCGAUGCUCGUAUUGCCCCACAGACGUUGAGGUGGACAAGUGGCAGGAAUUUGUGGUGCACUAUCGCAAUAUGCACGGCGCCUUGGAAUUGGUUGCCGAACACAGUGCGGACAGAAUGGACAUGGACAUGGACGCCAGGUCCAGCAUGAAAGCAGAGUUUCUGGAUGAAGAUUACCACGAUGACGAAGCUUCCGAGGAGGAAGGUGAAAACGAGGACGAGAAGGAGCAACUAGAAGCUGUGCUGCCUCAAGAUAAUGAAGUGGAGGAUGGCACAAAAAUUGAGUUGGAAAUCGAGGCUGUCACCUCGCAGACAGUCUCUUCUGUGGACGAGUCGGAUUCGGAGGCAAGUCAAACCGAGUAUGUGGAAACGGACAUGGAGGCUGAAUCGAAUAGGUCUGUAGAAAACGAAGAUGCAUCUGCACUGGCUACGCCCAUAUACAAGUUUCACCCAUCGUUCUUUCGCCGGGACCCUCGGACACUGAAGUUUAUUGAGUUGUACAAGGAACACCCCUGCCUUUGGAACCCUGGACAUGGCCGCUUCAAGGAGCCUAGUGCGUGCAAGGACGCCUAUCGGAAGAUGAUUACUGACUUGGAGGCAAAGGCAGCGAUGUUUUUAAAUGAAAUCUCGCUAAAAGCGGCCAUAAGAAAGAUGCACCUGCAAUACAACACCGUUCACAAGCGAGUGCUCUGUGGCACCCAGAAGGCGCAUUCGGUAGCCUUUAGCCAUUACACUGUCUGUAGCUUUUUACAAGACUGCGAGGUUCAGAGAGACUUGUAUAAAAACGAAAAAAUACAGCUGGACUUUACCAGGAAAAAUAAGCUGACCACCGAGCUAAUAGAGCAAUACGCCAACUUUCCGCAACUCUAUGAUCAGAGUCACCGCGAGUUCUCCAGCAUGACUUCCCGCAAGCAGGCCUACGAGAGCUUGGCUGUCGAAAUCUCAGUGCCGAAUGUGGAUAUCAACAGCGAUGAUAUCUUUCGCGCCAUCCAAAACCUACGACAAUGGUACUACAAGAGCACAAAAAAUGCCAUCAACGCCGGCAACGAGGCGGAGCAGUUUUAUUUGAAAGUCUGUCAGUUCUUGCCUCCGAAAAUGUUCAAGCAGAGGCUUGUUUGUGAAAUUUGCCAUACAGUCACCUCAUCCGAUCACGUGCUGCAGUCGCACAUCUUCAAGGCCCACAACAUUGGCGAGCUGCCCUUCAAGUGCACCCUAUGUGAUCGGAGCUUCGUUGGACGGGGCGAACUGACCAACCAUAUGCAACGGGUUCACAUUGGCAAGACGCACCAGUGUGGGCACUGCGAGAGGAGUUUUGCCGUCAAGUCGGACUUGCAGUUGCAUAUCCGUACGCAUACUGGCCACAAGCCCUUCGUCUGCGAGCUGUGCGGCAAGGCAUUUAGACUGAAGUCGCAGAUGAAUCUUCAUGUCACUGCAAUCCACACGAAGGUAAGAGCCUUCAAGUGUACGAUGUGUCCCAAGGAUUUUGUGAAAAAGGUCGACUUGUCGGAUCAUAUCAAGAGCCAUUUGAAUAUUCGGGACAAAAUAUGCACAACAUGCGGCAAAGGAUUUACGAGCUGCCACUCGCUAAUCCGCCACCGCCAAAUACACUCGGAGGUUAAGAAAUUUGUGUGCAAACUGUGCGAUGCACGAUUUUCGCAAUUUGUUGGCCUUAAUUCUCACAUGAAGCGCACCCAUAAUAUUGUUCGCAACAAUUCGCAAAAGGCCACAGACAUCGUGGAUACUGGAAUCAGCUAAAAAGAGAGUUUGAAAUGUAAUCAAUAAAAUGUGAAUCAAAAAUAAACGGCACGGCGGUAUAUAAUUC